UUAUAGUAUUAAGAAAUAUAUUCUAAUUGGUUUAAAACUUACAACGAAUUAACAGAGUUAUGGCAUAUCAAGAAAGUGUAGACGAACUUUUAUCAGAUGCAUUGUCAUUCAAUAAUGAAAUAAAAACAUGUAACACUAUCCACAAUUUACAAUGUAAUGAUGAAUUUAUACGAUUGAGCGGUCACUUUAUUCCUACGAUUUAUGGAGUUAAGACGAUCACGAUACCUCAAAUUAUAAACACUGUGAUAGAGUCAGAAAAUUCGUUUGAAAAAGCUAAAUAUUUGAUGAAAAACAUAUCGGCUAUAAAAAAUAGCUAUCUGGAUAAAAUGAAAACUGUUUUGAGCAAAAUUUAUCCGAUGAUUGUGGUAAAUCUCAAUAGAUAUCAUACUAUGCGAAAAAUUUAUGAUUAUGAAAUAAAACAGAUUGAUCCGAAACCACUAAUGCAGCAGUCUAUUUUUGCUGAAAUAUUUAAUAUUGCUUUUCAACACAUUGGACAUGAUAUUAAAGAUCCGAAAGAUUUGUAUCGAUUGUUGACAUUCCUCUCCGAGCCACUUGAUUGGGUUGAUUAUUACAAUAUUGUAAAGAAAUAUUGUCAUAUAAACUUCAUGAUUUAUAAAAUUAAUUUGCCUACUGCCAAAUUGUUUGUUCAUAAUGCGGACAUUCUUUCAACACCGCUAGUUCUUCUAAGGUAUACCAAUAGCAAAGUUAUCGAUCUUGUUCAUGUUUAUGAGCAUGGACAUAACUUGUUUGAAGGGAGCAAAAAUUUAAUCCUGGAAUAAUUUUUCCAUACUAAUAGAAUGAAAUCUAUUUCUAAACGUAUAGUCUAUAAAGAAAUGAUAAUUCGAUAACUUUUGCAAAUUAUUAGUCAUCUUCACUUAAAUAAUUAAUAAUAUCAAUUAUGACACUUAAAAACUACAUUUUAAGAUAUAUUUGUUUAAAAAUAAUUGAAAUUCAAAAAAAAAAAAAUUUUUUU